AUGUGCUACUUUGACCAGACUCGCUGGACAUGCGGCUUUUGGAGAUGGGGCCACUUUCGUCAGCAGUGCAACAAAGAAUACCGUAUGGGCGAGACGUGCGGACUAAAACUUGUUUACGAAACCAAAGACCAGCCUGAAGUUUGUAAACUCUGCAGCGAUGUUGAGAAGAAACAACGCCGCUAUGACAAGAUGUAUCGCGACGUCCAACGUUGGCAGCGUGAGGGUAACCGCAAUGCCACUAUUGAACGAACUUGCGGCGAGAUGGACGAAGUGCUAGGACAAAUUUACCGUAUGCAACAAGAGCAUAUAACCAGGCUACAAACGCUUGGCCAGCGCGUGGGCUGUGGGUUUUGGGUUGUGCAGAGAUUUGAAACAACCGAUUCGCCAACGGGACAUAUCCUGAGCUACCAGACCAGAGCAAUUUAUGCUGUUCUGCUUUGCUCUACUCUACCGAGAAUGAUGGCAUAUGCUUCAUUCGGCGAGCGUACGAUAGAGCAGAGGUCUACUAGGACACCGACACAUGUUAUUCUAUAA